AAACGGCAAGCGCACCAAAGGAUCCAUUUUCCGAAAGGAUUCAUUUUCCACAGGAGAGGUCCUCCCCCUCGUGUGAAAGUGGAUUCCUACUACCAAACCCCCCUGACUGGGACAGAAGAGAAAAUAGUUGCUCUUAAUUUUUAUUUGCAGAGGACCGCCUUUCAGCCCGAGAAGGCAAAAGCUAAUGCACAAAUCCUCAGAUUCGAAUCUCCCACCAUCCGGUUUCUUCGCGCUUUCAGCGGCCCCGUUCUUGAUUGUAAUGCAUCGUUGAAUCCCUGCGUCCAUAGGUCAUCCCUUCGGGUGAUCCCGCGAAUUAUCCUGUCGUUCCUUGUUGAUCUAUUCGUCGCCGCCGCACAGUUCAGAAUUCUCUUAACAGUUUGAAAUUUGGGCCAGUACCGACGUGGGGAUUUGACGGAAGUUCCUUUUUCUUGUUUUUUAUCCAAACAGUGGAAGGUCAAUGCGGGUAUGUGUUUUUCUGGGAUCUAAUUGCUCGUUUUCUUUGAACCAUGGAGUGUUAUUGGGCUUCGGUUGCAAGAAUUCUGAAGAUCGUGUGUUGAUUUGUCGUCACCACCAUCAAAAGCUUCCUGAAUUGUAGGGUUCCUGUGUUGCGAACUAACGGGCCCUAAAUGGCAACGAGGAACAGGACGCAGCAGUACAAACAGUAUAGAGAUGGUCUCCGGAAUGCUCGCGUCCAUUCCAGCCCGUCCCCUUCUUCUUCUUAUUCUUCAGGUGGCCCGGUGAUCGAAAUGACGUCGCUUUUGCAUCAAGGCCGUUCUUAUACGCCUCUUAGCACGGAAGAUCCCGGCAAUUCGAGUAAGGGGGCAAUUUCUAUAGGGUUGCCUCCAUCUUGGGUGGAUAUUUCAGAAGAAAUAACCAUAGACAUGCAACAUGCAAAAGGAAAGUUUGUUCAAUUAGCUAAGGCUCAUGAAGGCGCCCUAUUUGAUGUUUUCAACAACAAUCAUCAACAUGUGAUUGAGGCUCUUACUCAAGAGAUUACGCAGUUGCUGAAAAGAUCUGAGCGAAAUUUACAAAAGCUAUCAGCUCAUGGACAUUCAGAAGAUUCCAAUGUCCGUAAAAAUGUGCAGCGUUCUCUUGCAACUGAUCUUCAGAAGUUCUCAAUGGAAUUUCGAAAGAAACAAUCUUCUUAUUUGAAAAGCCUCCGUCAGCAAAAAGAGGGAAAGGAUCAGCUUGACUUGGAGAUCAGUUUGAACAACCACACAUCUAGAGGGAAAGAAGAUGGUUUCAUUGAUAUGGGUUUUGACGAGCACCAAAUAUCAGGGAUGCAGCAAAAAGAGGCUUUCACGGUUGAAAGGGAAAGAGAAAUUAAUCAGGUUGUGCAGUCAGUAAACGAACUUGCUCAGAUAAUGAAAGACCUCUCUGUCCUUGUCAUAGAUCAGGGAACUAUCGUGGAUCGCAUUGACUACAACAUCCAAAAUGUUGCAGCCACAGUUGAUGAAGGAUUGAAACAAUUGCAGAAGGCUGAAAGAACACAGAGAAAAGGAGGCAUGGUGAUGUGCGCAACAGUUCUUGUAAUCAUGUGCUUCGUGAUGCUGAUCCUGCUAAUUCUCAAGACUAUACUAUUCUGAUUCAAAUAGUUCCAUUUUAAUUUCGGCUCCCUGCAAGCCUGUAAUUGCAGCUUCAUAUAUCAUAAAUGCUCAGUGCGGUGGUUGUCUGCAUAUUUUACUGGAAAGUAUUGGGUAGUACGACCGUCCAGGUUAUUAGCACAGUGAGUGUAGCGACUGGUGCAAGGAAAAGCUGUGACAAGGUUCAGGAUUUUUGUUGGAUUGCACUUUUGUUGUCUGAGGGGUUAAGGCGGGGAUUUUGUAUUCCCAUGGGUUUUUUGGAGUCCACCCUCGGCUUCUUUUACUGUAUUCUUACACACUGAGUUUUUUAUAGCAUGAUUCAUUUUUUAGCCACUUCAUGUGCAAUAAAAAAAUUGAGUUUCUGUUUA